UUUCCCUUGUAUUUGUGCGGAAUGGACGGACAUAAAAUGAUUUUGCGUUUGCAAUAACUUUUUUUUUUUAAUCAAAUUGGGUAUGAAAAUAUAAAUAAUUUUGCUUAUGAGAUAGUCAAAAGAGAAAUCUAAAAUAAAUAAUUAUAAUUUCCAGCAUUUACCUUUCUUUAAUUUUUAUCCAUAACAAACUAUAAAUCAUAGUAACCAUGUCCAAGAGAUUAGCAGACGAGGCAAGCAAUGCCAGUGGUUCCACCAUUGGCCAACCUCCAAUAAAAAAAGUUCAUUUCGAACCUCAUUUAAUUGGACCGGUUUCCACUUUAGAAGAAAUGGAUAUCAAAGUCUUAGAAUUCCAAAACAAGAAACUCGCCCAACGCAUUGAACAACGAAUGCGAACAGAGGCCGAGCUCCGCCACAGAAUAGAGCAACUUGAAAAACGACAGACACAAGACGAUGCUGUCCUCAAUGUCGUCAACAGAUAUUGGAAUCAACUCAAUGAAGACAUUCGUGUACUCUUGCAGCGUUUCGAUGCCGAAACUGCUGACGAGUCAGAGAACAAAAAUGAAAACGAAGUAACAACAUCGUUCUUAACCCAAUUAUCUACUUGGGAUAAAGAAGAACUCGAUGAUAAGCUUGCAAAUCGGGUUCAAGUUUCCAAGAGAGCUGUUGCAAAAAUUGUCCAAGUCAUAGACAGACUAAUGCAAAGAAAUGAAAAGAUAACAGUCGCACUUAAAAGUGACACUGUCGAGGAUGGCGACAAAAUGCCACCCAUUGAAGAGACUCUUAAGCAAUCGCAUAUUGAAAUAAUGACGGAAAAUAGGAACUUACAGAACCUAAAUACAUCUCUGCAUGAGAAAUUCCAUACCAUGUCACUGAAAAUGAAAGAAUACCAAGAUGCUCUCACGGCUAAGGAAACAGAAAACGCAGAGCUCAAGAAUCAAAUUGAUGAGCUCCAAUAUGACUUGGAGAAGAUCCAUUGUCGCAAUGACAAGUUGGAGAAUCAUUUGGCUGAAGCCAUUGAGAAGUUGAAGGCUUAUCAUCAAAUGCAUGGUGAUCCAAGUAAAUCAACAUCUUCUGCUGUCAAAGGAACGACUCCGACUAAUGUAAACAGUCAGCACUUUGAAGAUCUUCAGAAGGAACUUGAAGAACAUCGUGAGUUGUCCAAUAAUCGACUCCAAGAGUUGGAUAAACUUCAUGCAACUCAUCGCGAGACGCUUAAGGAAGUUGAAAAACUUAAAAUGGAUAUUCGUCAAUUGCCCGAAUCGGUUAUAGUUGAAACCACAGAAUAUAAAUGCUUGCAAUCUCAAUUUUCAGUUUUAUAUAACGAAUCUAUGCAAAUUAAGACUAUGCUAGAUGAAACUAGAAAUCAAUUGCAAACUAGUAAGAAUCAGCAUCUUAGGCAAAUUGAAGUUAUGGAAAGUGAAGAACUUAUUGCCCAGAAAAAGGUUCGCAGCGAAAUGAUCCAAAUGGAAGAUGUAUUGGCACAGAUUCGCAAGGAAUAUGAAACAUUUAGAAUUGAAUUUGAACAGAAUAUGGCUGCUAAUGAGCAAACAGCUCCGAUAAAUCGGGAGAUGCGUCAUUUAAUAACUUCUUUGCAGAAUCACAAUGGUCAGCUGAAGGGCGAAGUGCAACGUUACAAACGGAAAUACAAAGACACAUCUGCCGAUAAUGUUAAGUUGAGAAAGGAACUUGAAGAUAUGGUUAUUAAGUUAGAAGGAACUAAGAACCAAUCAUCAUCAAAUGAUGAAUUUAAACAAGAAGGAUCGAUUAAGGAAGAGAUUGGCGUUGAUCCAUUGGUGUCUGUUAAAGAAGAGAAUGCUGAAGCACAUGUUAAAGUUGAAGGCGAUGAUGCAGAUGAUGAUUCCAGGGAACCAAAAGAGGGAGGUGUUAAACAGGAAAAAAAUCUUUCUUCUUCUCCGGUUGAUAAAAAGGAAGUUCAAGCUUGUACCGGUGGUGGUUCCAAUGUCAAGGUAGAAAGAGACACAAAAGAUGUUCAAAAAAUUAAAGAAAACAAAACAACCGAGUCGGAGCUUGUAAGAGAUUUAAAAGCACAAUUAAAAAAAGCUAUUAACGAUCAAAAGGAGAUGAAACUAUUGCUAGAUAUGUAUAAAGGAGUUCCAAAGGACCAGCGCGAUAAGGUACAGUUGAUGGCAACCGAGAAAAAACUUCGUUCAGAGAUUGAGGAGUUAAGACAACAAAUUAAAAAAAUUCAAGAAAGUAAGCGGGAAGAGCGUAAAAAGUUGGCCGAUGAGGAAGCAAUACGAAAAAUUAAGCAACUCGAAGAACAAAAAUAUGAAUUACAAAAACAAGUUGCAAGUCAAAAGCCAGUUGAAAACACAUGGGGUGCAGCACCAGGAUAUGUAAGGCCAUUUGUUGGUUCCCAUGAAGAAGAAGCUUUGCUUAACGAAAUGGAGGUUACUGGUCAGGCGUUUGAAGAUAUGCAAGAACAAAACUCCCGACUCAUACAGCAACUUCGUGAAAAGGAUGAUGCCAACUUCAAACUGAUGUCCGAACGUAUUAAAGCAAAUCAGAUGCAUAAGCUAUUAAGAGAGGAAAAACAAAUAUUGGACGAUCGCAUGGCCACAAGAGAUACACAAAUUGAAGCUAUGCAUAUAGUUUUAAGAAAAUUAGAAGAAAAAGAACGAAACUUGCAAAAUACAGUUGCUACCAUAGAAAAAGAGUUGGUUUUACGUCAACAAGCAAUGGAAAUGCACAAACGCAAGGCUAUUGAGUCUGCCCAAUCUGCGGCUGAUCUAAAACUUCACUUAGAGAAGUAUCACUCCCAGAUGAAAGAAGCCCAACAAGUGGUUGCUGAGAAGACAAGUUCACUUGAAGCAGAAGCCUACAAGACUAAACGCUUGCAAGAAGAAUUGGCACAGUUCAAGCGCAAAGCGGAACGUAUGAAAAAAAUUGAAAUGGCAGGAACAACAAUAGACGAAGUUAUGUUAGAAGAAAUAAGAGAAUAUAAAGAGACUCUCACUUGUCCUUCGUGCAAGGUUAAGAGGAAAGAUGCUGUUCUUUCCAAAUGCUUCCAUGUAUUUUGUUACGACUGUUUAAGAACACGUUAUGAUACGCGUCAACGCAAGUGUCCGAAGUGCAACUGUGCUUUUGGAGCCAAUGAUUAUCAUCGCUUAUAUCUUACAUAAUUUCUCUAGGUUGUUUAAUAUUCUAGACAUUUAGAAAAAAAAAAUAAAAUUUUAUUUGUAUUAGAUAUAAAAAAAUAAUCUUUCCAGGAAUAAAUUCUAGGAAUUAAAGAAUUUAUAUUAUUUUCAGAAAAAUGCUUUUAUUAAAAUGCAUCUAGAAAUAAAAACAAUUAGUAUUCA